AUGUUCCAAAAUCUUGUCACACUCCUUACUCUCGCCUGUACACUGUCUUCUACUCUCUCCGCUCCGGUUUAUAAACGUGAAGUUCCCCAAGAACAUUCACAUGAACAGUUCUUGACCACCGUUCGAACCAAUCUUAACCUGAACAAUCCCAACCAGAUUCAGGAUCCUGUCUUUGCACUCCUUGGCAAUGCCGCUGCCGCUGCAGGAGCUGGAAAGAUUACUGAUAUUGAUUGUCUUCAACAAGCUACAGCUGACCAGGCAUUCACUAAUGCCAAGGCUCGUGGAGACGUUCAGGGAAUGGUGGCUGCUUUAAUCUAUCGCGCCUUGGAGAGAAACACAGGUCGCAUUGGCCAAACUUCCGCCAAAUGCAACAGCCUCAAAGCUGUAAAUCCUGAAAUUGCUGCUAUACAACAACAUCAGGAUCCUGCUUCGACCAAUGCUAAGGCGGUCAACAAAGCGAUCACCCUUGAGCUUGCCAAACAGAUUGCCAAAGUCGGAGGCAACCCUCAAGACGCUCUGAAGUCUGGAACGUUUGCACCAGGAAGACUCGAUGAUGCAACUGCUAAGGGAAAUACUUGUGACGAUUUAAACGACCCCGUCGGUUGUAUUUUCACGCAGAAUCGGUUAGUGGAGGAUGCUACUGCCGCGGAAAUCAACGCAGCAGUCGCUGGUACCGGCACAGGCACCGUUGACAACAGCGGAGAGUGCCCUGUAGUCACCAACAUCGUAACUGUUACUGUCAAUGCCCCUGGGGCGACUCCCACAGCCGCUGCUCCUGCUGGAAACGCUCCUGCUACCGGCAAUGGCAAUCUCCAAGCUUUCACUGGAAAACUCGGUAACGUCUCUGCACCUGCUGUAACUGCUGGAGGCCGUGGAUUCAUUGUUGCCGGCUCCGACUCUUUCCUCAACAAGGCGGCUGCCAUUGGACGAUCAUGCGACAUUCAACACAAUCAGUGUGCCAAUGUUGCUAACUCGGCUGCCGGUAGGGCUUCAGGUCUUACUGUUGGCCAGUGCGACGCACAAACUAACCAAUGCCGCGCCGCUAACGGAGUCUAA